AAGUUAUGUUAACCAGUCAUUACUAAAUGACACUGUGACAAAUUUAACAACGACACACACUCCUUACCAAUGGAAUUUUCAAAGAUUGAAAGCAAUGUGUUGUGCCCCUCCAAGAGGAAAUUUCUUUUUGCGCAAAGUGAUGUGUGAUUCACUGUUUUUUCAAGUCUUUGAUAAUAGCAAAGUAGACACUCCAGAGAUUUCACAGACCUCGAAGACGCUUCUGAUGGUACUGUAUUCCAUCAUAAUUUUUGUCUCUCUGGUUGGAAACUUGAUGGUUCUCAUUACUGUGUGUGGCAACAGAAACAUGCGGUCCGUCACCAAUGUCUUCAUUCUGUCACUGUCUGUGAGCGACCUCCUCCUGUCUUUAAUUGCCACGCCAAUUAACAUGGGAAACGUAAUAUCCACCUACUGGAAGUAUGGCGCCUUUGCUUGUAAAAUUGUCCCCUGCAUUACGACAUUUUGUGUGGCCUGCAGCUCAUUGACUCUAUGUUGCAUAGCAUUUGAGAGAUUUUACGCCAUUGUGUAUCCUCUAAAAGUGAAGUUUUUCCAAGCUUCGACAAGACUUGUUCCCUUAUUGAUCACAGUAUGGGUAACAUCGUUGGUAUCAGGCAUCCCCCAAGUUUUCUAUUUUGAGCUUAUAAAAGUGAAAGACGUUUGCGACAAAAUUGUGGAUGAUAUUUGCACUCUACCUCUGAUCACCAGUAAGACAAUGGAGUUUUUCCAGCUGUGGAUGCCAUUUCUGAACCUUUUUGUAGCUCCGCUUCUGGUUAUGACGAUUCUUUAUACAAUUAUAAUUGUUAAGUUAUGGGGAAGGAGACCUAUAGGGAUAACAGUGAAAGCUAGCGACUCUUAUCGUCUGAAACAGAAAAAACGCGCAAUAAAGAUGCUAGUGACCGUGAUGGUACUUUUUAUUAUUUGCUGGCUUCCUAUUCAAACGUUCAAUGCUGUUGGAGAGAAGGCAUCCAACAUGACACCAAAUGUCACUUUGCAGUGGAAAGCAUUUCUGAAGUGCCUGGCUUUGAGCAGCAGCUGUUACAACCCCGUUGUUUAUGCGUUCAUGAAUGAAAACUUCCGAAAAAGUUUUGCCAGUCUGUUGCCAUGUAAAAAGCGGAGAAUUGAACCGCUAUCCGUGAGAGAUGUCGAUAAGAGGAGAUCCAUAAUGACAAAACCGCAAAAAACAUGGAUCAAGUUUGGGUCUGAAAAUGCUACCAGCAUACCUGGCACCAGAGGCACAAAUGAAACAAAAUGUUGA